UUUCUUCUCUCUUAGAUGACAGAGAACAUUGACUGGUUACAGAGCCAGAGUGGACUGUGUAAAAUAGAGCGUGACACACCCAGUGAGGAAGAGGAGGAGGAAGAGAAGACACAGCAGAACUGGACGCAAUCUUCCUCUGAUCCACUCAAGCUCCGAAAAGAACUGGAAAAGUGCACAGCUGGAGUCCAGAAUGCACUGAAUGCCAGUAACAAUGCUAGAAGGGCGAGACCGAGGGAGGCACCUGUGGGAAGGCAAGCUGUGGCCCAGCGCAACCUCCGCUCCCCGGGGGGCUACAGUGUCUGUGAUGAGGAGUUCAGCCUGAAUGUCAGCUCCAACAGGGGAUCCCACUUGGCCAUGAAGGCCGGUUGUCAGAAGGAAUCUAAGGAUGAAGAGAGCGAUGGUUCAGCUUCGCCAAACCCGAAUCCUGACCCAGAUGAAGUCUCUUUUUAUUGCAACAGGCUUUCCAACCUCGCCAUAGCAAUGGCACGCAAAGAGAUGAAUGACCGGCCUGAAGGCAAUAACAACGCAUGCAUACAUAACACCCUUUUUGCCGCUGCUGGGGACCAUGGCCUAAGAUCAAUUGGGGUUGGGACAGAGGAUGGCAAGCACAUUUCUUCCAGGAUGUGUGAAUGCAAAUACGAAGAAAGCCCCAGUUCGAAGAAAAAAGCUUCCUUUUAUUACAAAGAAGAAAAUACAGAAAUCCCAAAUAAAAGUGAGCCUUCCAGGGAUGAAGGCAAAGGGUGCCAUCAUAGGAAACGCUUUGGUCCCGAUGAAUACAGCAACUCACUGAGCAAAGGAAUACUGGUCUAUGCCAAUAAUGUGGUUUCAGACAUGAUGGUCUCUGUUAUGAAGACUAUGAAAGUGAAGGUUAACGAUUCCAACAUCGCCUGUGCAGUGUUGAAAAAGGUGCUGCUGAAGCACUCUAAAGAGGUCGUGUCGGACCUGAUUGAUUCCUGUAUGAAAAACUUGCAUGACGUCACCGGGACACUCAUGACUGACUCUGACUUUGUUUCUGCUGUGAAGCGGAGCCUCUUCACCCAAGGCAGCCAGAAGGCCUCUGAAAUAGUGCAAGCCAUGCUGAAUCGGUUGCACAAUGCUCUGAUUGUCCAAAAGCAGGUGAGCGAGAGGAACAAAUCGCACAGCAUGGCCUUUGCCACCAUUAAGACGGGCCAAGGGCUGGAUGCCAAGACUCAAAACAUGAGGUUUUCGGCUGCAAAAACCGAAACUAUGAAAGACAAGGAAACGACCUGUGCAGAAACAGUUGGCAAUCACAUCAUCAAGGAGGGUCUCAGCAUGUGGCACCAGAAGCAGCAGCAUGACAAUGCAGGGUCAGCCUCACCACCCGCCAGGGCUUUCCCAGCCCAAGACAGCCAAGACCUUUCUAACCUUUCCACUGAUUCCUGGGCAAGAGACCUGAUUGUGACGGCAUUACUGCUGAUACAGUACCAUCUCGUGCAGCAGGAGAACGCCAUGAAGGAUGCCUCUGAAGGGGGCCGAGCCAGCAAGGCCGCUGGCCCCCUGGGCUACUUGGCCCAGGACAAAGGCAUCAGCCCUUUAAAGCAGCCCGACACUUUAAGACAAAGUGAGGAUGAACAGUUUGAGAUGAAUGCGGAAAAUGAUAUGUCAAGCAUUGUAGUAAUGCUCAUCCAGAAGCUCAUCAACGAGACUGUCAAAAAAUUAGGAGGAAAUUCAGGGACGCUGAUGGCCGACGAAGCAUACCGGAGUGCUUACAAGGGUCCUGAGGGCCCAGGUCCUUCCGGCCUUUCAGAAAUAGAUCAUUCUUAUGAAGAUGCCAUAUCUGGACUGACCAAAAUGAUUUUGGACCAGUGUGACGUCAACAGGAAGGAAGGAGGCAGUGGACCAUUCAUUGACAACCUGGUUGAUACGGUGACCAAGCUGUGUCUGAUGAUAGCCAAAUACAGCAAUCCUGAGUCAGGACUCGGAGAUGGAGAUGAUGUUGGGGGACCUUUCUAUUCAAAGGGCACAGAAAAUGCGGAAAGCAGAACAGGUUCUGGCGAAGACGCAGCUUCUGGCCGGAAGGUGGUUGUAACUAACCAGAAUGCUCCUGAAAACAUUCACAGCAAGCAGCUCCAAGCCGUCCUUCAGUGGGUGGCAGCCUCUCAGUUGAAUGUCCCAGUGUUAUACUUCAUGGAUGAUGAUGAAGAAACCCAGAACAAGCUUCAGCAGCUCUCCACAGUGGCUGUGGAAAGGAACUACAGCGUUGGAGAAGUCAUGCAAGCCGUGCUGAAGUAUGAGAAGGAGAGGCAGCUGGGGGAGGCCCUGGGCAACUUUAUGCGGUUGCCAGUCCUGGACUGGCUGCUCCAGAACCUGUGAGCCAGCGUCUCUCGGGUCCUUCGGUGGGGCGGCUGGCCUCUCCCUGUGCAGCACCGCCCACCCCCCCACCCCCCUGUUAGCCUUCCUCGUUACAGCACUCAUCGGUCAAAUAUGAUAUGAGUUUUACUGAUCCUUGCCCCCUGCUGAGCAGUCAAAUGAAUAAAAGAAGGAAAUACUUAA